AUGGAUCCUGGAGCUUUAGAGGAUGAAUUAACCUGUUCUGUGUGCCUCCGCAUGUACCAGGACCCCGUGACAUUACCCUGUCAGCACAGUUUCUGCUUGAACUGUAUUGAAGGAGUGUGGGCCCAGACAACGGGGCCAAGAAAGUUUGAGUGUCCUCAGUGUCACCGGAAAUUCAAGCACAAGCCCACUUUGGAGAGAAACGCCACACUGUAUAACAUAGUGGCAAAAUACAAACAGACACAGUCUCCUGCUGAUUCACCCAGCGUAUAUUGUGAUAAUUGUGAUGAUAAACCAUUCCAAGCUGUGAAAACGUGCCUUACUUGUUUAGCUUCCUUUUGCUUCCUUCAUUUAAAACCUCAUUUGCGGAACAAGGCCUACCAAGAUCACACCCUCAUUGAACCUGGGCUUGACGUUACAGUGAGGCAAUGCAAUGACCAUAAGAAGAUCCUAGAGUUUUACUGUGAAGAUGAAGCUCUGUGUGUAUGUGUUUACUGUACAAUAGUAGGGAAACAUAAAUCCCACACACUGCUGAGCCUGGAUCAGGCACAAGCGACAGUUAAGGUGAAAUUGGAAGCAGAAAUUGAAAGGCUACAGACAGACCAGGAAAUUUAUUCCAGAAAACAGCGAGAUUUGGAGAAUUCAGAAAUUGACAUUAAGACACAGAUCAAUGAUCUGAAAGAAAAUCUACUGAAGAGCUUCUCUGAAUGGAGGAAAAAGCUGGAAGAAGAUGAAGAGUCCACCAUGUCACUGAUUGAUGAAGAGGGUCGCCGAGCUCUCUCACAGAUUAGAAGCUGUACUGAAGCAUUAAAGAAGAGAAUGGAACUGAUAACAUUAAUAAAUAAGGAAACCCAGAAUCUGGUACGAAGAGACCAUCUGUCCUUUAUUCAGAACUCAAGGCAACUGAUUUCCAGAGCGAAUGAGACUCAGAGAAUCACAUUACUAACUAUAUCAGAGCUCGCUAUGAACCUGCCCAGUAUUUCUCAAUUUAUCCAGAAGAGGCUGAAUGGAUGGGAAAAGUACCAGUCAGACAUUUUGCGAAUUGUUGUGCCAGAUUCGACCGAGUACAUGAAACCAUCAAAUAUUUCCUCUGAGGAGACUCCUGAUCCUGGGAAAGUUCUCCAGCUAUCAUCUGAAAUCAGCAAGAAAGCAGAAAUAUCCCAAGUACCAGAUUCCACCAAAUAUAGAGAGACAUUGAAUGCAACUCCACCCCUAGACAGUUCUUCCGGAACAGUUCCUAUCUCGGAAAAUGUCCUCCAUCUAGCGAUUGGAAUCAACAGAAGAGCAGGAUUAUCUCAAGGGAAAAGCUCAUUGAGCCUGGAUCCAAAGACAGCAAACUGCAACCUGGUUCUGUCUGAUGAUCUAAGAUCAGUAACGUGGACCCAAACUGAACAGUCCUACCCGCAUCACCCAGAGAGGUUUAAAGAUUGUCCCCAAGUCCUCUGCUCCCAGAGUUUCUCCUCAGGAUCCCAUUCCUGGGAUGUGCAGACUGAUGGGGAAUACUGGAGAAUAGGGAUUGUUUAUGAAAGCAUAGAGAGAGAGGGGGAAAUGUCUUAUCUUGGAAACAGCCAUAAAUCCUGGAGUUUGGAUUUUAUUGCUGGUUAUCUCACAGCCCGGCAUAACUCACAGUUCACAGUCCUUCCACUGCUUCCAUCUGCAAACAGGAUCCGAGUUAAUUUAGACUAUGAGGCUGGGACUUUGUCAUUUUUCCAGGUCACUGACUCACUGAAACAUUUAUACACAUUUCAAUCCACAUUCACUGAACCUGUGUUUCCAGCAUUUUAUAGUUGGGACAAAUCCCUAAAACUGUUAACUCAUCCUGAUAUCUGAGACUCUGUGGCAAGACUUGAGGUUUCAGCAAAUUCAGGACAUCAUUUCCAAUUUUGCAACACAUACUAAUGAGAUUUUACUUCCUGUUCGGUGUGUUCUGAUGAUGUAAUUGGCAGGUCUUCCUCCAAUGAUGAUGUUAAUCCCUCUUCUCCCCUCAUGUCAAGAGCUCAUGGUUUUAAGGGUCUGUUUGCUUUUUUCAUAAUUAUCUGUCAAUAAUAUAAAAAACAUCUACUGGUGAGUUUACUGUAAUUCAUAGUGGUACAGGGUCUAGGCCCGAAACGUCAGCCUCUCUGCUCCUAUGAUGCUGCUUGGCCUGCUGUGUUCAUCCAGCCCUACACCUUGUUGUCUCGGAUUCUCCAGCAUCUGCAGUUCCUACUACCUCUGAUCCACUUUCACAUGACCUGUUUGCGGAGAUACUCAAGAUCAGAGGACAAGAUUCCUAACACUGAGAUCCUCUCCCUGAAUGACAUCCACACUUUGCUGAAAAGAGCUAAAAUAAGACAGGCAAGAUACAUUGCCAGAAUUCCUGAUGAUUGCUGCCCUUCUACCAUGAUGUAACUGAAGGGAAAUGUUCACACACAGGCCAGAAAAAUCACAAGGAUACCUUGAUGAUAUCAGCAAAGAGUUUCAACAUCACUUCAAAGAGGGGAAACCUCACACAGGAUUCCCAAAUUGAACAGCCUAUCAAAAAAGGCAUCACCUCCUAUGACUUCCAAAGGUUGAGCAAGUUCAGAGUCAAAAGCACCUCUUCUGCACCAACAAUACACGUAUAUCCAACAUGGAUGAGACCCUUUUGUGCUCAAAUUAGAAUGAAUAGUCAUUAUCAAGCACAUCACACAUAUGAAACUUAGCCUGUUGAAUUCAAGUUGAUUUUAUGGCCAUUUUCAAUGACAAAGAAUAAACAACUCUCUGUAAACAUCUCGAGCAUAUGUUAAAUUAUGAGUAACAGUUGUUAUUGUU